UUAGCUGACAAAGAAAGCUGUUAGAUACAGUUAGUUAGAAUAAAUGCAGUUAGUUAGUUAAAUCUGUUGAAGUACAGCUGUAGUGCUGUUGUAAUGUAUCUAUAAAUGUAAACACAUUUCAUCUUUGAUCAAUAAUAAAAAUACCGGGAAUUCAUCUUCUUCUCUUUUUUUCUUUAUCAUCUCCAAACUCUAAGCUCAAACUGCAGAUUUCAAUUCUGAAAUUUAACAUGGUAUCAGAGCAAAGAUAAGCUUUUCGUUGCUGUUUUUUUUUCUUUCAUUUUCCAGAUUUCUACUGGAAUCAUUCUUGGUUUUCUGAAGAUUCUUCAGUUCUUACUCUUGCAAACAACUGGACGUACAAGUUGCAUUCCAGUUCUUCAAGAUUCUGCUGAUGUGCUUCCAUCCAUGGCUGCAAAUCCGGCCACUCUCAAGUUGUUUCCCAGCAGAAAUUAGCCUCUAUUGGUUUCAGCUCAUGAACUUUUAAUUUCUGUCAUUUUAUCUUCUUCCUGAGUAAAAACAAACCAUGGCGAAUUUCCUCUUUAAUCCUGCUGAUGAUCCAACCAGUCACUAUUUCCUGCAUCCAAGCAAUAACCCUGGCACUCUGAUUGUUUCUGAGGUCUUGAAUGGAGAUAACUACACUUCUUGGAGCCGUUCAAUUUCUAUGGCACUGAGUGUCAAGAAUAAGUCAGCCUUCAUUGAUGGUUCUUACCAACUCCAAGUCCACCAAAUGGUGUUGUAUAUAAUUGUUGGGUGCGUGCUAACAAUCUGGUAUUAUCUUGGUUGUUAAAUUCAAUCAACAAAGAGAUUCGUCAAAGUUUGUUGUAUAUUUCAUCUGCCUGUGAAGUAUGGAAUGAACUCAAAACUAGAUAUACUCGUAGUGAUGGUCCUAGAGUGUAUCACUUGGAGAAAUCAAUCAGUUCCAUUUCUCAAGGCUCACAGCCAUUAACCACAUACUACAAUUCGUUCAAGGACAUUUGGGACGAAUACAUCAGCUGCAGACCACUUCCAAAAUGCAAUUGUGGAAUACUUUCCAGCUGCACCUGUGAUAUACUACGAUAUCUGAUAGACAACAAUCAGAUGGUGUUAUGAUGUUUCUCGUUGGGCUAAAUGAAUCCUAUUCAGCACUAAGAAGCUAGUUGCUCCUGACUUCUCCACUUCCAUCAUUAGCUCGAGUAUAUGCCCUUCUCAUUCAAGAAGAAAGCCAACGACAUCUACAAACUCAUUCACUCCCAGAAUCAAUUGCAAUGGUAGCAAGGCAACCUCCCAAAACAUUAAGCAAACCUCCACCUUGGAAGGAUAAAAAGAAGCCUAAAUGUACUCAUUGUGGUUAUCUUAAUCACACUGCAGAUUUGUGUUUUCAACUCAUAGGUUACCCCUCGGGUUGGAAAGGUCCUAGAUUGUCAAGAAAGUUGGUUGAUACUCCUGCUGUCCAUGCUGUAACAACAAGUAAACCUGCAGAUGAUGGGGGACCAAGUAAUUCAUUCAAUCACGAUCUUUACCAGCAAUUCAUAGCUUUUACCAAAACCCAGCAAACACCAACACAUAACCACACAGCAGCUACUAUCACUGCAGGAUCUGUCCAGCAUGAAGAUGACUGGUUUUGCUAAGGAAAUAGCAGGCUUAGAUCAUCUACUGUUUAGUCAUCAUCAACCUAUGCCUCAAUCUAUCACCAGUUCAACAGCACUUGCCUCUCAAUAUCCCAACUAUGACCUAUGGCAUCACAGACUUGGGCAGAUAUCUGACGCAAGAAUGUCCAAGAUCCCACAGAUUAAUUCUCAAAUACCUUGUAAUAGUUUGCAUAUAUGUGAAGUUUGUCCCCUAGCAAAACAAAGGAAAUUACCCUUUCCCAUCAGUGAAUCAAUAUCAAAUAAGAUUUUUGAUUUAGUCCAUUGUGACAUUUGGGGCC